AUGGUCAGGAAACAAAAGUCCUCGUCUUAUUUGGCUAAAAGAACACCGAAAUCGCGACAGCCAUCACUUGACGAUAACGUGGCACCCCCGUCACCCACAUUCUCUAAUAGCUUCGAGCUAGAUCCUACUUUGCUUUUUGACGAGAGCAACCAAGAACUCGGAUCGACAAUUGACAUGAAUAUGUCGCAGGAGCAAGGUGGGCUCUUAAGCCCCAGUAUGAACUUGGUAUCUGAACAACUCGGGACAAGCAGCAAAGACAACAAUAACAGCCUGCAAUAUGCUAAAGAGGAGCAAAAUCAAAUUGACCAAUGGCUGGCUAUUUGCAGUCUGUUGUCGCCAAACGGAACGACAGAAAUGAUCAACAUGAAGGGUGGAGAGUUCUCUGGCCCUUGGCAGGAGUUAGGGAAAGAUACGUCAUAUUGUGACCUGAUCGAGGACAGCGGGGACGACGGGUUGAGCUCAGAAGAGACUCAGCUUGACUUUGACAUGAAUGAGGGUACUGACAUCGUUGAUGAAUCUUCAUCGACACCUGGCUUAUCGUCGCCAAGCUUGGACAUGCUCCUAGACGAGAACUUCGCGGCACAUCACCCAGUGGGACCGCAAGUAGACCAUCCGACGGCUAGCAAAGCACAGCCAAGCAGAAAGGGAACACCUGUGGCCUACAAAAUGUCGGCACCAGCCGCCACAAGCCCCAUGAGCGCGCUGCUGGAAAGCGUGGACACGACGCGGAAGAAGAAAACCGAGUGCCGUUGCCUGCGGCUCGCAGCGCACCUGCUGGAGCAGCUCGGGAACGAAGGCGCCAACACGGAGGUGCCCACCAUGGAUGGGCUGCUCAACUGCUGCCGAGAGGCCAUCAAAGGGUGUGAAUCCAUCCUCGGCUGCACCUUGUGCAAAUCACGAUCGGAGAGCAUGAUGCUCUUGGCGAUGGCCGGGCAGUAUCUGAGCAGCAUCUGCGAAAAGACUGUCCGCUGCUACGUUGACGUUGCCCAGCAGGCGCAGUCGCCCACGACUCCUUUCGCAGGAGGCGCUGCCAUCUGGUUCCAGUCGUACAAAGUCGAAAGUUCGUCGGUCCAGAUCCAGGUCUUGCGGUUUCUGGUGACAGGCCAGCUCACCGAGUUUUGCCAGCUGAUUGGCAAGAUCAAAUCGAGAGUUGGGACGAGAAAAGCACACUUGGCACCGCUUCUCGGCGCAGAAAGAAGGAUUCAGUGCAUGAGGACUUUGUUGAUGAAGUGUGACCGCGGGGAUGCCGAAACGCUGUAG